GUCACUCUUUAUGUACAUAUAUACAUAUUUUGUAAUAUUUGAAACUGUUCCUCAUUGGUUUUUUGUUGUCAUCACUUUUUCGUUUGUAUAGUCGAUGGAAAGCAAUACGUGUUGACCGAGACGUGACGGUGGUUAAGAUUAACCUGUUAGGUGUAUUUUCUUUGUUAUCUUCUGAAGACUUAAAGAAAGUAAAAGUUAUCUACAGAAAAACGCUUCCUCUUAUUGGAACUUAAAUUAACAGCGGAACUGUUUUGUGUAUCCGUUUUUGACGCGACUGUUUUAUUUUGUUCAAUUGAAAUGUUAAGAGUGAAGUGGUGAAUUAUGCAAUAGUAUUUUUGAGAUCGUGGUUUCAAAAGUAAAUACUUUUAAUAACCAAUCAACCACACAAAUACGAUUUUAAACAUUAUUGUUCGUUAAGUUUUUAAAUAUGGAUAGGUCUCUUAAGAUUCUGUGGAUGUUUUUUUCCAUAUUACUACUAUAUACUCGGGGAGAAGUAAUCAAUGCCGAAGUUGUUUUUAAAAUCGAUGAAGGUAAAAUUCAUAUAAAUGAAUCAAAAUUCGAACCUAUAGCAGGCUUAUCUCAUAACUUCGGGAGUGAAAGUAAUAUGAGUGAGCAAAUAAAUUUAUCAAAUACUCUUCGAUUGAAAGAUACGUUGGAAAUAUUCGAUUUACAAAACAUUGCAAUGAAUUGGAAUAAAAUUGUUUUAGCUGAAAUUUCACAAAACUGCACGAAAGAUGUUUGGAGUUUUUUAAAUGCAUUAAAUGCAAGAAAGAUAUGGGCCAUUAAAAUGGAUGAUGCGUCUGGACGUUAUACAUCGGGAUUCUUGUAUGGUAACAACUAUUGGAUGGGAUCGAUGUCAUUAUGUGAAUCAAUUCACAACUUGGAGAAUGUCGACAAUAGAGAGGACAAUAAAACAAAAUCGAAAAAUAGUGGCUUGCCAUUUGCAGCCGCCCAUCAGCAUUUCUACAGUUCAGUGCGUCAUGAAAAUCCACCAUUUCAACCGGGAUUUUAUAUUUUGAAAAUGUUUUUGAACAACACUAUGAUUACUUCCGUGAUGCGAACGAUAUACAUUGGUGUUUGUUUUCCAUCCACCUGCUCCAUAGCAGACAUGCAUACAAUUGUCACAAGCUCUCAAUCGGAAUUGUCAGAUCUUAAUGUGAAAUUAAUUGAAAUUCGACACCCAACUGCUAAAACUUACAGCUUAUUCCAUGACAGAACAUUUUGGAUACUAACUAUUGUUUCGACUAUAGUUUUUGUAUUUAUAAUUACUGGAACAAUCUACGAAGCAUACUUGACAAAACAACUUCAAAUAGCCUUGCGGGAACAAGACAAAGAAAUGAUGAAUAACAGUGAAACAUCAUCAGGAAUUGGAUGUGCGGCUUCCGAUUACAGUGAAACAGGCAUGAAUGACCCAAAAAAAGAUCUAAAGGAUUUAAAAAUCGUUUUGAAUCUCCCAAACGCAGUACCUUCAGUUAAUACCAACAAUUGUGAUGAACACCUUGAAGGUCAUCUUCAUGAACCAGAAAAACUUUCCAUUUGGUCAGAAAUUUUAUUAUCGUUUUCAGUGACAACAAAUUUCAAUGCCAUUUGCGAUCGCAAUGUAGGCCCGGACACCAUCCCAUCAUUCCAUGGCCUUAAAGCAUUUUCGAUGGCUUGGAUUAUAUUGGGGCAUACUUGUAUUGUGAUAUUUAAGUAUUCUGAUAACAUGGAAAUGCGAAAAGAAGUCGAGAAGAACUUCUUUUUCCAGGCAAUCACUAAUGGACCUUUUAGUGUGGAUACAUUCUUUUUUUUGAGUGGGGUUUUGGUUUCGUAUAUUUACUUUAGGACGAAUGCUAAAGGAAACCUAAAUAAUUUGACGAAGGGAGCAAAUGAAUUCACUGCUGGCUUGGUACAUUUUACGGGGUUGGUUGGAUAUCGCUUUGUCAGAUUAACUGCUCCUUACAUGUAUGUACUUUUCGUUGUUCAAGUCACAAUGAAGUACUUAGAUGCAUUUUCAAUCUUUGAACCACCAACCAUGGAUCAUGUCACGUGCCCGAAUUAUUGGUGGAGAAACUUGUUGUACAUAAACACAUUAUUUCCUGUUGACCAAAUGUGCAUGCUCUGGAGUUGGUACCUUGCUAAUGAUACGCAGUUUUACAUUAUUGGAGCUAUUAUCUUGAUUGUUGCCGUCCGUCACUUCAAGCUAGCAGCUAGCACUAUGUUUGUCUUCUUAUUCUCAUCUUGGAUAACCACAGCUGUUAUCGCCUUUAAAAAUAACCACAGACCCAAUACUGAUGAUCCUCUAGCUCUCUUUGACAAAAUAUAUGAUAAACCGUGGACGAGAUUGGGACCUUACUUGAUUGGCAUGUCGGUGGGAUGGAUACUAUUUAAAACAAAUUGCAAAAUUCGUUUUUCAAAAAAAAUAGUUUCACUAGCGUGGACGUUAGCUAUGACAAACUUGUUGGUUCUUGUUUUUGGUCUUCAUAACACAGAGCUCUCGCGGCUGACAGCAGCUGCGUAUAGUUCUCUAAGCCACUCAGCUUGGGCAAUGUCUCUGGCUUGGAUAACUAUUGCUUGUUCCACUGGAUAUGGUGGAUUUGUGAACACUAUUCUCUCAGCACCUUGCCUUUAUCCAUUUUCUAGAGUAACAUACUGUGCUUAUCUCGUACAUCCGAUUGUGAUAAGGGCAAUGGCCCUCAGCUCCGAUUCUCCAAUGCACCUUGGAGCAGAAUCAAUGAUUGUCACCUUUUUUGGCCUUGUCGUGUGCUCUUGGAUUCUUUCGUUCAUUGUAUCAUUAUCGUUUGAAGCCCCAGUUGUGACAAUGCUUAAGUUAUUAACACCCAACCGAAAGAAAAUAAUGGACAAAUGAUGUAAAGAUCAAUAAAGAUGCUGCUAUUUCUUUCAUUUCAUAUCAUCUUAUAGAACAUAUUUAUACACCAACAUUAAAAUGCUUAGCGUUUUGGACUGUUUGUUUCCUCACUCCUAUGUGAAUCUAAUCCAUCAAUAAUAUUUAUUAAAGAUAUAAUUUUAAUGCUUAAGAAUAUGUUUUAAAUUUGUGAAAAGCACGCGCACUGCUCUUAAAUUUAAUUCGUUGUUAUGGAUGCAUGUAUUUUUAAACUAAUACAAAUCAUAUUAAUAAUUUUAAUGAAAUGGGACUUUUAUAUUUCUACUUCUGUACACUUUCAAUUUUAUGUAUCUUUUUAUUGAACAAUAAUUAAUUUUGACGAAUUCGUGAUUUAGUUUGAUUAUAAGUUUAGUUUUAAAAUUUUGUUGUUAAACAUGAGUUCAGCUAGCAACAAUAAAUACGUGUCAAUAUGUUCCGAAAAUAAAAUAAACUGCUUUAUUGUAAAGGACGUUUUUGAAAAAUAUUUUUCAAAUUUUCAUUUAAGAAAAUCAUCACCUUUGCAUUUAUUAAAUCUCUAACAUGUAAAAUUUUUAUAAAAGUAAACUUUACAUUAUUAUUUCCUCAACACUCUGUUUCAUUAAACAAUUAAUCUACUAUAAUUUUCUUUUAAAAAUUAUUAACCAAUUUUAUUCUGAUAAUUACUGAUUAAAGCAUGACGAAAAAAUUUCAAUUGACGAAGAUAGUUUUAGUGACGUUUCGAAUUUCAUAUUUUAUACAACUAGUAUUGCAAAAAGUCAAUUAUAUAAAUGCAUGUAUGUACAUACGAGUACAUUUGUUAAGAGUUAUGAAUUUCUCGUAUAAGCGAAUUAUAUAUCACUCUCUCACGAUUUGAUGCAAUUGCUAUUGCAAAUUGUACUGAAAUCUGUGGCUUUGUAACUACCAAUUCAAUUUUUUAAUGUUACUAGGCUUGGUAAAAGCGAUAUGUUAUCAUUAUUUAAAGUUAAUACGAAAAUCAUUAUGUUCACAAAAAUUUUAUAAAUAUAGUAUGUAUUGUGUGGUAUUAAACAGUUUUAAUUUUACUUAAGGAAAGACAUUAACAUUCUGUAGUAGACAUUCAUUGUAAUUAAUCAUCCAUUGUUUUAAUUUGCAUACCUAUUUACAUGCAUAUGUACAUUUUUAUAUUUUGUUGUUUUCAAUUAUUG